AUGGACGACGGCAACAGCAAGAGAAUGACUGCCAACGCUUCCCCGCCUUCCUCAUCGACGCCCGAACUUGCUAGUGUCAAAGUCUUCUGCCGUCUACGCCAGCAGAACCAACAGGAAAAGCGCGAAGGGGCCGUACAAUGCUCGACAGUCGUGGGCGGCCGCACCAUGUUCCUCCGCAAUGAGCGCUGCGAGGUGGACGAGAUCCGCUGCACUUUCGACUGUAUUUUCGACAUCCACUCGACACAGGAGGAGGUUUACACGCACACAGCCAAGCCUCUCGUCCACGAGUUCCUGCAAGGCAACAACUGCACCAUCUUUGCCUACGGACAGACAGGCUCAGGCAAGACACACACAAUCCUGGGACCUAAAGACGGCGUCCUGGUAAGUGCCGAUGAAGAGGGAGGCAUCAUUUCUCGUGUCGCUAAAGAUCUCUACGAGGAAGUGGAGCGUGCCAGGACCGACCCUAUUGAACUCAAGGUGUCGUUCGUGGAGAUCUACAUGGAACAAAUCCGCGAUCUGCUCGCUCCCAGCGGCAGCAGCGGCACAAUUGGCACACCUACGAACGGUGGACUCAAGAUCCGCGAGAGUACACAGCAUGGAGUCUACAUUGAAGAGAUGAUGCGUAUCCCUAGCAAGUCCGAGGCAGCCAUGAUGGAACUUGUGAAGAGCGGGACACUCAGUCGUGCAGUGUCCUCUACUCGCAUGAACAAAGACUCGAGUCGUAGUCACUCAAUUCUGAUGAUUUCCUGUGUUCGUCUCAUGAGCGGGAGACGCGCCACUAUGUACAUCGUCGACCUUGCUGGCUCAGAGCUCGUGAACAAGACCAAUGCUAGUGGUCGGGUGCUACAGGAAGCCAAAGCAAUCAACAAGUCGCUUUCGGCACUUAGCAACGUCAUCAAGGCGCUUGGAGAAAGCAAACGGCAUGUACCCUACCGUGACUCGAAGCUCACUAGACUACUGCAAGACUCACUAGGUGGAACAGCCAAGACCUGUCUCAUUCUCGCGGCGUCGUGCAGUUCGUACAACAUGGCGGAAACGAUUUCAACGCUACGUUUUGGCCUACGCGCCAAGGAGAUCAAGAACCCAGUUGUGCAGCGGAUCGACAGAGGUGAAGGUGCUGCCGCUUUCGCAGCGGGUACCAUAUUUAAGGAGCUCUAUCAGCGCGCCAUGGAGGACAUGGAGGCGAAGAACCGCAAAAUCGACGAGUUGCAACGCCUGUUAACUGCGAAGCUCCAGGAGAACCAACACCCCGAUGAAGUGGAGACGGACUCGAGUGACCAACCAGCAGCGAGUGCUCAGGACUCGGGCAAAUCUCAAGACACUGAGGUUUCUGACGGAGAUCACUCCAGCCGAGAUGGCGAUAAUGAGGAAGAGGAUGGUUACAGCGCUGACGAAGAAGAGAACGAUCCAGCACAGACUGACGCUAAAAACAUCACCAAGCUUGAGCUCGCGAAUCAGACUUUGGGGGAAGAAAACAAGCGGCUGUUUGGUGUGUUGGAGGCACUAGAGAAGAAGCUGGGUGAGGUCACUGUAGAUCUUUCCACUGGCAGACCGACCCUCACUCUCUUCAGGCAACGCGAUUCAGCGGCAGAAGGGAAGUGUACUGCUGGCGGAGAAUCUCGAGAGGCUGCAGCCCCUUCGCUCAAGGUCUGGCUGGAGAGUGACCACUGGCGAAAGUCGCUCGAGUCUCGAACUGAGACACAAGGUGAAGAUUUGGUGCAGCCGUCUCUUUGCAGUACGGAAAAGCCAACGAUCACUCGGACACCACCCACCCAAGAAGCCAUGAUAGGAGCUCUCCCAACUGUUAACGGUCCACACACUCUCACUCUGUUGCCAUCGCUACACGGUACAAUGCCGCUGUGCUCAACACCUGAAUGCGUACACCAUGCCGACGCUGAGGCACUGUCCCGUCAGAUCGUAGAGCUGAAGCUCCAACUGCAUUAUCUGUCUGAGAACGCGCGAUUGUCUAUAAGUGGCGAGAGCUAUAGCAUCGUGCUCGAGAAUGCGCAACUGAAGACGCGCAUUGAGGAGCUGGAGUUUCAGGCAAAUCUGUGUAACGUGGCGUGUAGCCAGCUCGAGAUGAAGAACCGCGCAUGUGAAACGAGGCUGAGCAACCAAGAAACUCACAUCGGAUGCCUCCAGAACUCACUGCAAGAGUACCAAGGUUUGUUUAAGCAGCAGAUCAUUAUGUCACAGGAGAAAUGCCGCUUGCUUACUGACGAGCUCGAGUUCUACAAGAAGCUCGCGAGAUGCAGCCAAGAGAGCUACCAGCACCUCGGUGGUAGUUCUUCGCCUGGUCGCCCCAUCAUCGUGUUCUGCGUGGGCAAACCUUGGCACUCUGACUAG